AUGACAAUGAUACCAUCAAGCAUCCACUUUGGGAUGGACGCCACAAGGCACUUUGUGUCCAACCUCGACGCUGUGUCACUCAUACUUCUCACCGUCACACUUGUCGCUUUCCUCAUCCCCAUCUUUAUUCUCUUUCCUCCCGUCACCGUCGACUGCAGCGACGUCCUCCGGCAGACCCACUCACGGGCCGGCGAGCCACUCCGAGACAGCAACAUCCAUCGUGAACCAUCACCGGGUCUUCGGGCCCGUGAGAGCAACAGUUCCGGUCAAGAACAGCACAAGCACAUCUUUCCAGUUCAUCACUGUCGUGGAAUUGAGCUCAGUCGUGAUGGUACUUCCUCGUUCAGCAGCUCAGAAUGCCACCAGUUGUACAUGUUUGGCUAUCAAGAUCAUGAUGACCUUGCGUGGAAAGCUGCAACUCGUGAAAGGUUCCCCUCGUUAGUCAACAUUGAGGUCGAUCUCUGGGUUCCUGACCCAAACAAAACGAGCCGUCUCUUGGGCAAAGUCGAAGGCUCUUUUCUUGUCCUGAGGUUUCCUUGGACGGAUGCAGGACUACAGGGUAUUACGCAGCGCGUCUCGGCCAAACUCAGCCACGGGCUCAACGCAGUUCCCGAAAAGGAGUUUUUGCUGCCAGUGUCAUAUCCAAAUGAUGAUGAAAUUAAAACAAGGGGAUAUUCCCUUGCUCAGUUCGAGAACGGACAUGACAAGACAAUGGCUUUGAAUAUGGACGUGGAGCUUCCCACUGAGCUGGCUCGGUAUUUGGGGGCUGAGAAGAUGGGAAUCUUUAGGGUAGAUCAUUAG